AGGUAAUUUACACUCCGCCAGUGCGGUACUGCGCGGAAUGUUCAGCGGAUGCAGAUCGACGGAGACCACCCGCAAGCUACGUCCCCGCGGAACUUGCAGCAUUUUUAUCACUCCGCCACCAUAUCCGGGAUACACUUCCUGCCUGGGAUCACUCAGCAAAAAUCGACAUGGGGAAACAACAUUUACAUCAUAUGGAGAGAACAUUUCUCAACAACCAGUUGGCAGUCCUAGUCCUAACUUCUAUCGCCGCCCGGCAACAACAACCCCAGACGAAGGGAUUUUCACGUCCACAUCUUGUUUUAAACUGAGCAGCCCUCCGCUCGCAUCACCUGAAAACGAUUCCGAAUUCCAGUUGGACUUGGACCCACCACCAAAGAAAACCUCUCAAGUUGCUUCUGCUUCUUCCGGCUACGGCUCCUCAUCCAGUGAAUCCGAUCAAGAAAUUAGUGAACAGAUAUUUACGAAAGAGCCAAUGAGUGAGAGCACCACCUCAAGCACUGUAUUCAUGCGUCGUCGUGAUCGUCAGUCCGACAAGUGGCGACGUCGAAGCGUACCGGCAUCGCUACGAAACGCCUUCACCGACGACGUGAUGAGAGUUCUUCAGAUGGACGGACACGUGAUCCGAGUGGAAACUGAUGCAGAUACUGGAAAAACACUGAGUAUGGAAAUACGAGGAGGAAGACGCCCUGAAAGUGUUAUGCAGCUGGCCAGAAAAUUCGGUGAAAUUAGUGCUGCUCAGCAAAACGAUGUGCAUCGAUCAAGAAAUUCGUUGAUGGAUGGCAAAGAGAACGCACGUGCUACAACAAUUGGCCAGUCCAGAAGUGGACCAUGCACUCCAGUAAAAACAGUACACACAACGUCAGAACGAAGUAUUGGCGGAAUUGCCAGCCUGAAGAGCACUCAUCAACCAAGAAUGGCUACCCGUACUAAUAUGUUCAAACAAAUGGAGCGAGUGAAUAGCUCAUCCUCACCAAGGAUCAUGAAUCCAAACUCGAUCAAGGAGGCUCUGUUACGAUGGGUGCAAUCCAGAAUUCACGGUUAUCCAAAUGUAAACGUGACAAACUUCUCUUCAUCGUGGGCCGAUGGAAUGGCUUUCUGUGCUCUGAUCCACCGAUUCGCACCGGAUGCCUUUGACUUCGACAAGUUGGACCCCAAAAACAGACGACAGAAUUUUGAGCUAGCCUUCAGAGUAGCUGAGGAACAUGGCAUCUGCCCGCUACUCGAAGUCGAUGAUAUGAUCAUGAUGGGUGAUCGACCGGAUUGGAAAUGUGUCUUCACCUAUGUCCAAUGUUUCUAUAAGCAGUUCCGGGACCAUCCAUAAUUUCUUACUUUCAUGCAUGUUUCACAUUAGAAAUUCAAGAGCUCCAUGAGCCUCUUCUCAGUCCACAUCAAUAUUGAUCCUUUCUCGGGAAAUUUGUCCAAAUUUGCAUAUUAUCAAGUAGAAAUUUCUCUAGAUUGCUGUGUUUAGACGUAAUUUUGUUUGUUGAUUGUGUGCUUGUGCAUCGUGUUUGUGUUUACUCCAUGGUCGUCGUCGUUUUCUCUACUACCUGUAUAUGUCGACUAUCUGUUGAUUCGUGUCCGCUCGCUGUCUAGUCUUGGCAUAAUUGACUGCCUACCGUAAUCCAUACUGUCGUGGCCCUUUUCUUCACAGAAAUGCACUGCGUUUUAUAGGUGAGCAUUUCACCUGGCUGCCAACUUAACUCGCCACGAGGUUUUCUUCUGCUCCCAUUGUUCCGCCCCCUAUUCUUUUAUUCCAUAUCACUACUCUUUACCUAGUUCAAAUUUCUAUGUGAAAGUGCGCUAGGAACCUCUAUAGUGGGUCGAUCUGAUUGUUGAAGCUGGAACAGAUGUUAGUCGUUUGUUAUGAAAAUAUUCAUUUGAGUAUAUAAUAAAUAGAAUCAUUCUU